CUCUCCUUAUAACGAAACCCAGAAAGCAGCUUCACUGGUUACUGUUACUGCCAUUCCAGUUCGCGUUUGUUGCCCGUGAAGGAUGCCUUCUGCCAACCCUAAACUAGAGAAACAGGCCUCCACGGAGGCCACUGAUCCGAUUCGCCAAGCCAUCACCGUAAUCGAGCACAAGAUAAGAAAUUUAGAAAAACGCAAGGGUAAGCUCGAGUCGUAUAAAGACCUCCAGAAAAAUGGAAAGGAGUUGAAUCAUGACCAAAAAACGGCAGUCGCCAAGUACGACGAGGUGUUACAGACGUUGGAGAUCACUCGUGAGCUGUACAAGCAGAUCGUCGGUAUCUCCAAUGACUUUGCUAAGCAACAAAAAAAGCAGGCGAGAAAGGAAGCAUUGGAAAGGAUGCAGCAGGACACUGCCAAGGUUCGCGAAGUCCUGCUGAUCCAAGACGUGCUGAUAAACAUCGGCGGAGAAGUUGUUCGUGAGGAUUUUCUCGCUGGUGCAAAUGGUGCGGCCAAGUUGACGCAAGAUGACCUGAAGUACUUGGACGAUUUUUACAACGAAGUCACGAUGAAGCGCCAGCCUGAGUCCGGUGAGCCAGCGUUUGCUCAGCAGCUGCAAAAAGCCGCUGAACAUUACAUGGGAAUUCUCGAGGGCAAACAACGCGAGGUUGUCGGCACUACGUACUCGAGGCUCAAGGAAAUAAUCACCUCCGUCAACUCCUGUGGUUACUUCGAUCAAGUCCAGAUUCAAGAGACUGAAGUCAUUACCACUGAAGUUGCUCUUGAUGCACCAGUAGAAGUUACCACUGGUGAUGGUAAAGGUGUUGUCGAGCAGCCGUCGGAAGAAUACAAUAAUUCCGGCGAGGUAACAAUCAUUCCACCCCCGGAGUCAAUGAUUCCAAUGCCCAAUUUUCCUGUACGAGUUGCACCGGUCGCUGUUGUUACCGGUGCAGCGCCAGUAGCUGGUCCGAUAACAGUAGUUGCUGCACCGCAGGCUGUACCAGCACCGCACCCAACAGCACCUGUUGAAACAGCGUACUACGCAAAUGCGGCUGGUUAUGUCCCGCAACCCCAGCCAGCUCAGCAGCCACAGCCGCAACAACAAACACCGCCACGCAUCAAUGACGUUAUUGGAACACCAAAUUUCUUCUUUCUGCAGGAGUCUGAGCUCGACCAACCGGAUGUUGCUGCUGGCCAGGCACCACCACCUACCAUUGUACAACACAUUCCUCCACCAGCGGUAAAUGCGCCGAUUCCAACUCAAACUUUCACCAACCAAAACUUCACCGGUACACCUGUUCAAGUCCCACAGCAAGUUAUUUAUCAGCAUCCGCCGCAGGAAAUGUCACACAUUCCUGGAUUCGCGAAUCCUAAUCCUCCACCACCUAUACCAAUGCCACCAUCGCAUCAGCAGCAAAAUAUCCAGUACAGUCCUCAGCAUCCUGCUGGACAAUUCCAACCUCCUGCUGGACAGCAGGCAGUUCAACCAACACAGAACUUUGAUCAACAGGAAACGCAACAACAGCCAGAGGAAAAGAAUGAGCAGCAUGUUGAAGAACCAGAAGUAGCUCCCGCAGAAGCUGAUUCUUCAAACGAACCAGUUAAUUGGUGUCAAAUGGCCGAUGCUCCCAUGGACGAGUGGUCGUCAAACGAAAACGCCCAGCAGUCUGAACACUCAGACCACCAGCAGUCGCAGCAAGCUUGGGGUGAACAGCGAAGUAGUGGCUACCGAGGCCGCGGUGGACGACGUGGUAACUCCAAUGGUUACAAUGGCAGAGGCAGGGGUGGCGGUAAUUACCAGCAGAAUGGACGCGGAGGAGGACAAGGUAAUGCCUCAAGUUCGUAUUAUCGAAAUGACAACAGCAAUUACCAGAACGGUUAUCAGCCGCGUAAUUACAACAAUGAUGGCGGUAACUCAAAUUAUAAUGGCAACUUCAAACGCGGAGGUGGCGGUGGCAGCGGCGGUGGUGGACCGCGCACCAAUUCCAGGGGAGGAGACAGACCUGGAAUCGAUAGAGGUGGACGUGGUGGACAAUUCCGUGGCGGUCAGCGAGGCGGAAAUCGCGGUGGUGGUUACGUACCACGUGGCAAACCACAAACGCAACAAUAAUAAUCUGGCGAUCUACGAGAUUUAUAAAAAUAACCAUCGAUUCACAUAAAAUGCAAUUUUAAUAACGUUCUGAUUAAGAUUAUCAGUUCGAUAAUUCAUUGACUGGGAUUUUUAAAAAAAUUAUAACGAGAAGCAACGAAAAAAAAAAAAUCAUUAGUUACUAUAUUUUUUUUUUAUUGAUCCACGUAGUAGGAUAAGUUUAAUUUACUUUAUAAUUGAUAAAUAUAUAAAUAUAAAUAAAUAUUAAUUUGUUUUUUUUCGUCGUUUCUCGUUUUGACAGUUUACUGAAAUCCUGUUGAUAAUAAUUUUUAAAUGAAUUAUUGAAUAAUUACGCUUAAGAAAUAACAUUUUUAAAACCUGCGUCUCGUAAAUUGUGUAAUCGGAAUUAUCAUUGAUACCAACAAUUUAACUUUUAAUAAUUAAAACCGAAUAAGAAAUAACGCGUAUUAUACUCAUCGUAUAAAAAAAAAAAAAAGAAAAUGGUAAUAAUUGAAAGAUGAAGAGUUAAAUUAAUAAUAAGUAAAACAUUGCUAGUGUAAAAUAUAAAGAUGACGAUGUCCAGCGAUGUUGAUCAGGAAAAAAAAAAUUAAUAAAUAAUUAAAUAAGUAUAAAAUAAUAAUAAUAACAAACUGAAAACACCACGCAAGUAUUAAUGUGUUGUGCUAGAAGGCAGUUUUCACAGGGCAACAACUAAUGAUUGAAAAAUAUUAGUAAAAAAAAAAAGUAAUAAAGUAAUUUUAUUAAAAAAAAAAAAAAAUUAAAAAAAAA